AUAAAAAUAAAAUAAACAAAAUGUUUGGCUUGUUCCUCUAUGAGACCAGAGAGCGGAGAAUAGAUAGAGGAGCAGGGCAGUGGGAGGAGAGGCGGAGAUGCCUCUUUGCGGCCGUUGUUCACCGGAAAUGAAGCGUAGCACUGAUCAAGUUUCUAAGUUUUCAUUUGCCACAGUAUGAGUGUGACAUAAUUUUUUGUUGAAAACAGAUUUCCUUGAUGCUUUGAAGUGUUUGAUAAACCAAUGUGAAGUUUAAGAAAACUCAUGGCCUAUUGUUUUUAGUUGCAAGAGUUAGAAGGCCAAGAAAUUUCUUGUUCCCAGAUUUCUGCUCCAUCAGUUGUACAAUGGAAAGAUUUAGCAAGAGGCAGAGUCCAAGAAUAGGAUCCAUGGUGGAGGUGGAGGAGGAGAGAGAAAUUGCUUUGGUGACGACAUGGAAGUUGUCCAAUCUGAUGCUUCAUGACUCAGUUUCCUUGCUUGGAUUAGAAGAUCAGCUUGAAUGCAUCGAUAGCAAACUGAGAGAAAUUGUUCAUUUAGGACAUCUUAAUUGGUCGAAGAGUUUAAAGGAGAUUGCAUAUGACAUUGAAGAAGUUGUUGAUGUUUUAGUGAUAAAAGCAUCACAAAAAAUAGGGGCUGGAAUUCUUAUGCGGUGUGUUCUAGCUUUCACUGAUUUGAUCGAGAAAUAUAAACUUUGCAGGAAAUUAGAGCAUAUCAAGGUUGACCUCUUUGAAUUACGUAAGUUAUAUUUUUCUCGGUUUGCAUGGUGGCGUUUGUCCAAAAAGGACCUUGAUGUGGGGGAGACGGUCAUUUCUCCUGUGAUUAGGAGAGUCACAUCCAUAAUCAGUGAUGGAGAUGUUACUCCUGCAGUGAAAAAGCAAGCCAGAUGGUUAAGAGAUGAAUUUAUCUCUUUGCAUGGUUUUCUUAAAGCUAUAGAAGUUAACGGGUUAACUGAAGGAGGGGAGGCUUGGAUGGAGGAAGUCUAUGAUGCAUUGCGCUUAGCAGAGGAUGCUAUUGGGUUAUUCUUGUAUGAGAGAGAGAAACUGAGGAGGACUUGGACAGGGCCUUUGAAGAAUCUAGCUCUGGCUCUCCGCAAAUUCUUGUCUGAAAGAAAGCUUGGGAAGGAGAUGCACAAGAUAAAAGCCAAGAUUCAAGACAUCUCUGUAAGAAAGCUUAGUGCCAUUCAACGACGGCCAAUGCGUGUUCCUAUUGAUAUUGUAAGGCCAAUGCGUGUUCCUAUUGAUAUUGUAAGGCCAACACCAUAUAAUUCUUUUAAUGUUGAUGAACAACCUGAUAUUCCUAUCUUUGAUGAUGAUAUAGAUGAUAUUAUGGAAAUGUUGCUAAGAGAUGAUCCAAAUUGCCUGACCAUUUCAAUUGUGGGCAUGAGAGGCAUUGGUAAGACAAGCUUGGCAAAGUUAAUCUUUGAGAAUCAUGCCAUCAUAAACCAUUUCCCAUAUAGAGUUUGGGUUCCUUCAGCAAGUAUGGACAGUCUCCUGGAACAAAUUGCUAGGGAGGAGUACGAGAUGAUGGCUGUGAAGUACAAAAAAAGGACUUCUACGAGCAUGGAUAGGAAUGAUUUCUUAUAUAGGUCCCGACAGAUACUCAAUGCUUCCUUGAAGUCUAAGAAGUAUCUUAUUGUGAUUGAUGAUGAAUGCAGAGAAAGUUUGUGGAAUGAACUUGGGGUUGCUGUAGGUGAUCUAUCAAAUGGUACCAGAAUACUUUUCACUGCUCGCAAAGUAGGAUUAACUCCACAAUUAAGCGACAGAAACUUCACUUAUAGGCUGCAACUAAGAAGCGAUGAUGAGAGCUGGGCACUGUUCACUCAUUCCCUGAAUAAGGACAUACCCUUGGAGCUUCUAAAACUGAGAAGAGAGAUUCUAAGGAGAUGUGGAGGUCUGCCGCUGAUGAUCAAAGAACUUGCGGGUCUACUAUCAAAUAAAGCUGCAACUACUGAGGAGUGGUCAAGGGUACUAGAGCAGCUCAAUCAAAAUGAAGGACCUUGGUAUGAGAUCUUGUAUGGAAUCAAUAGGCAUUUGCCCCUCUAUUUGAGGCGAUGUCUCUUCUAUUUUGUGCUGUUUCCUGAAGACUUUGAGGUCCCUGCAAGAAGAUUAAUUGGCUUGUGGGUUGCAGAGGGCUUAGGACGUCAGAAGGGAGAUCAGGAACCUCCAGAAUGUGUUUCAGAGAAAUGCUUGAUAGAGCUAGUAAACCAGAACAUGAUCCAAGUGACAAAGAAGAAGAUGAAUGGAAAAAUUAGCAGAUGUCGCUUGCCUGAUGCACUGCGAGUUCACUGGCUCCCAAAAGCUAGGGAAGCAAACUUUCUUCAGGAUAACAUGGGCAUCAAUUUGUCUAUGAACAACACCAGCCUAAUACGCCGAUUAGCUGACCAUCUUGACCAUAAGGAUGCUAGCUUUGACCAUAUCCAUGGUAACCGUAUUAGUUCUUCUGUAUACUCUUCUUAUCGUAAUGUUGUUUCUUUUUUGUCCUUUGAUACUCAAGAAGGAAGCAGGGCUGGGGAGGACGUAGAGAACUUUCUUGAACGAUGCAUCUCUAGUGGUUCCUUUUAUUUCCUGUGGGUGCUAGAUCUUGAAAAUGUAUACAAGCCAAAAUUGCCCAAGGCUGUAGGUCAGCUCACUCGAUUGAGAUACCUUGGUUUGAGGUCAACUUACAUGGAGACACUUCCUGUGUUCAUUGACAAACUAUUAAACCUUCAAUCACUAGAUUUGAAGCGUACAUGCAUUAAUACUGUCCCAAAUUCAAUCUGGAAGAUGCAGAACCUAAGACAGCUGUUUCUAGAUGAGAGUUUUUGCAUCAUGUUUGUCCCUCAACAAGAGGACAGCUCUCUGGUGGACCUUCAAACUCUUUGGGGUGCAUUAGUAGAUGAGACUAGUCCGGUAAGAAAUGGCCUGGGUAGAUUGUCAAAGCUUACAAAGUUGGGACUAAAGUGCAAGUCAUCAGUUUCAUCUCAAAAUGAGGCAAUGUCCUCACAGCUGGUAGCAGUGGCGAACUGGGUAACGAAGAUGAAACAUCUUCAAUAUUUGAGAUUGAAAUCAUUUGAUGAAUCAGGUCUGCCUUGGGAUCUGUACUUGGAGUCACUAUUAGACCACAAGGAUCUCUGCAGCCUAUAUUUGGUCGGAAGGCUGAAAAACCAGCAUCUCGUAUCUGAGUUUCCUUCGAACCUGAUUGAACUCACCUUAUCUGCAUCUGAAAUAGCAAAGGAUCCAAUGCAAACCUUGGACAAGCUUCCAAACCUCAGAAUUCUGAAAUUGUUGUCUAGAUCCUUUACAGGAAAGAAAAUGCUUUCCAGAUCUGAUGGUUUCGCCAAGCUUGAAAUCCUCAAAUUCUGGGAGCUGGAAGCUCUGGAGGAAUGGAAUGUGGAGGAAGGAGCAUUGUGCAGCCUGAAAGACUUGGAGAUCAGAUCCUGCAGAAAUUUAAAGAUGCUUCCGGAUGGAUUGAAGCUGAUUAGGACUCUCAGAGAAUUAAAAUUAACAAGGCAACCAGAGUUAUCUGCGAGGAUUAGGGACAAUCAGGGAGAGGAUUGGAAUAAAAUUAGCCAUGCAAGACAUAUUUACAUUGAAGAUUGAUGAUGCUGAGGCAAACUCCAAAUGUAAGAAGUGUAUGUACUCUGUUUUCCAUAACCUUCCACAUUAUUUCUUUUAUAGCUUUUGUUAUAUUUUCAGGCAAAAAAUUGAAUUACAAUUUCAGUUUAUAAAUCCCAGUAUUUGAUUGGUGAAGUAUACAUGCUUAUUUCAUUCGUUUC